AUGUGCCAAACCAAGCUGCACGAGUUCCUUCAGGGCCUCCCCAAAUGCGAGCACCACCUUCACCUCGAGGGCUGCAUGACACCCCAACUGAUCUUCCAACUGGCUGAGAGGAACGGUGUGAAACUGCCAGACCCCGAAACCAACCCAGCCUACGAAUCCAUUGAGACUCUGACACGCCGCUACGGCCAUUUCACAUCCCUCGAUGACUUCCUCAGCUUUUACUUCCAGGGCAUGUCAGUGCUCCUGCACGAGUCCGACUUUACGGAUCUCGCGUUCGCCUACUUCAAAAAAGCUCACGAAGACGGCGUCCACCACGCAGAGGUCUUCUUCGACCCCCAGGUCCACCAGCAGCGCGGCAUCGCAUACGAAACUAUCGUCUCAGGCUUCGUGGCAGGAUGCAAAAGAGCUGAGCAGGAACUGGGCCUGUCAACCCGACUGAUCAUGUGUUUUGUGCGCCAUCUCCCCGUCGACUCUGCGCAGAGAUUGUACGAGGAAGCUCUUGCGAAUAACCAUUUUGAAGAUGGAACGCUACAUGGCCUCGGCUGGUCGAGCAGCGAAGUCGGUCCGCCAAAGGACAUGUAUCGGGAGCAAUACGCAUCUGCAUCUGCGAAGGGCAUCCCGCUAACCGCGCACGCGGGUGAAGAAGGCGAUCCGACAUACAUCAGCACGGCGUUGGAACUGGGGGCGCAGCGGAUCGAUCAUGGAAUUCGGUUAGUAGAGGAUCCCGAGCUAAUGGAGCGGAUUGUGCGCGAGGAGAUUCUGUUGACUGUGUGUCCUUUGUCGAAUGUGCGGUUGCGCUGUGUGAAUGCACUGGAUGAGGUGCCGAUUCGGAAGUUCUUGGAUGCGGGCGUCAAGUUCUCGAUUAACAGUGACGAUCCGGCGUACUUUGGGGGGUAUAUUCUGAAUAACUACUGUGCUGUGCAGGAGGCGUUUCAGUUGACGUUCAGGGAGUGGAGGGCUAUUGCUGAGAAUAGUGUGAGUAAGAGUUGGAUUCCGGAAGAGAGGAAGCAGGAAUUGUUAAGGCGGAUUGAUGAGCAUGUCCGGAAGUAUGAUGCUGAGUUAUGA